AUGUCCACGGCGGAAGAUACGCACGACCAACAUCCUCAUGUCUCGAUGGCCAAACUACCGCUGUGGUACAGCAGUGGGUACUCUCAAUCCAUGGUGCGCGCGAACCAUGCGUUCACAGGGAUCCUGAGUCUUAUGACAUGGCUUCUUCCCGAAUGCCUGCAUCCUCGAGGCUCGGCAAACAAUAUGGCUCUCCGUCCCACGGCUUACCUCGACGCAAUACGAGGUUACGCUGCAUGGUCGGUCGUCAACCACCACCUCAGAAAUCAUACCGAAACCUGGUUAUUCCAACAACCCCCACUUCUCAUGCUGCACAAGGGCAGCUUGGCGGUAGAUAUAUUCUUCAUCAUAUCUGGUUUCGUUCUGAGCAGGAGGGCACUUGAUCUCGUCCGCCAGGAAAGAGAGGUUGCACUCCUCGAGUGUCUGGCUUCCUCAACCUUUCGGAGAUACAUUCGCCUUUACCUUUCGGCUGCCGUCGGCACCUUCAUAGCAAUGGUGCUCUUCUACUUCAACAUAUGGUCAUGGUAUUCCCUACCAAGGUGUGAAUCCUUCGGCGCUCAACUACUCCACUGGGUUGGCGAUGUGGUCGCAUUCAGCGAUCCCUUUGCCGACCUCAAGGGAUGGUACUAUACCGAUGUUUUCACGAGCAAGUACCUAUUCGUUCUUUGGACCAUUCCGAUUGAAUUCCGAGGAUCGAUGGUGGUCUUCCUGUUCUGUACGGCGACUUGCAAAUUCUCUGCGCGUGCGAGAACGGUGGCCUGUUGGCUCUGCAUCCUGCUCUGCUACAUAUGGCAAAGGGUAUAUAUCUCAUUGUUCUUGUUCGGAGUCCUGCUCGCCGAAAUCUCACUCAGCCGUCAAUCGACGUCCAAAGAUGACCUCCCCGUGUGCGAGCAAAAAUUUUCACCUAUUGCACGGUCAAAGCGAGCCGCCUUUCACCUGGUUCCCAUCACCAUUCUCAUCAUUGGAAUCUUUUUGAGCAACCAGCCAGUCGAUCUGGGAUUGCAUGGGCCGAACCCGUGGCCAUACCUUGACAACUGCAUCCCUUCAUGGUGGGAAGCCGGUGCGGAGUCAACGAUACAUUUCUGGACCAGUAUUGGUGCGUGCUGUAUCCUGUAUGCGAUCGAGACCUACCCAGCAUUCCGUCGGCCACUGGAGACGUCAUUUUCGCAAUACCUUGGCCGGUUAUCUUUUGGCAUGUAUAUCAUGCAUGUGAUUGUGCAAAUGGGCCUUUACGAGCGUGUAUUGAACCCGGCCCGCGAGGUCUUUUUGGGCGAGUCUCUCUUGAGCUAUUGUGUGAUAUACGUACCUUUUAUGAUCGUUGUGCUCUGGGUGGCAGAUUACUUCAACAGGAUGGAUCGCCUCGUCAUAAAUUUCAGCCGGUGGUUGGAGAAGAGAUUGUUCGCUCAAGACUCAGGUCAAAGCUCCAAAUAA